AUAGAAACUAGGGUUUUAUUUUCUAUCGCAUUGUAUAUAAAGAGACAGAAAGUAAGUGGUAAUGACAGUUUCUAUCAUUUUUUUUCUCAAAAACACUCACACAAGAUGGUUGCUAUCACGAUUGGAGAUUACCUUUUAAACCGUAUCAAGGAAGUUGGCAUAGAUACCGUAUUUGGUGUUCCUGGUGAUUACAACAUGCCCUUUUUGGAUUUGAUUGAAGAUGACGCUGAUCUCACUUGGGGUAACAAUGCCAACGAAUUAAACGCUUCUUAUGCCGCCGACGGAUAUGCUCGUAUCCGUGGCGUUGGUGCUCUCGUCACAACAUUUGGUGUGGGUGAACUUUCUGCUGCAGCAGGUAUUGCUGGUUCUUAUUCCGAGAUGCUUCCAGUCAUCCAUAUUGUAGGUACUCCCAAUACCAAGUCUCAAGCAGAGGGGGCUAUUCUUCAUCAUUCACUGGGUAACGGUAAUUUCCAAGUGUUUGUUGAAAUGUUCUCCAAGAUUACAUGUGCCUCUACCCAUUUAAACCACGAUAACGCAAUCAAGGAGAUCGACCGUGUAUUUGAGCAAUCCAUCUUACGUAAACGCCCUGGCUAUAUUGGUAUCCCUAUUGAUUUGAUUAAUUAUGAGGUACAGGUGGAUAUGCAAGCAUUAAACUUAUCGAUUCCCAAGAACCCAGCUCGUACACAAGAAGUUGCUCUCAAGGUAGUUAUGGAGGCUAUUACAAACGCACAACAUCCUAUUAUUAUGGUGGAUGCCUGUGUUCAACGUCAUGCGCUUCAAGAAGAGGCUAUUGCCUUUGUCAAGCGAUCUGGCUUCCCCACAUAUGUAGCACCUAUGGGUAAAGGUAUUAUCCCUGAAGAUCUGAACAAUUACCGUGGUUGCUAUGCAGGUUCCAUUACGAUUGAAGGGAUUGCCAAGGAAGUGCAACGUGCUGAUUUGAUUAUUGAGUUGGGUUCGAUCAAGUCUGAUUUCAACACAGGUGGUUUUACCUACAGUUUAGAUCAAGGCAAGACUAUUUCACUUCAUUCGUUUGCUACCAAGGUAUUCUAUGCUAAUUAUGACAAGGUUUCUAUGGUGGAGUUUUUACCACUUUUGACCAAGUCACUUCCUCGAGCAGCGCGUGCAUUUGAACUGGGACCUCGACAUGAGCCAGCACCCAUUGAAGCAGGAACUGAGAUUACACACAAUUACUUAUGGAACAAGGUGCCUGAAUAUAUGGACCCUAACUGUAUUAUUGUUUCUGAGACCGGUACUUCUGAAUUUGCGUCAUUUAAUUUAAGAGCACCCAAGGAUGCAUUUUUCAUUUCCCAAGUGCUCUGGGGAUCUAUUGGUUUCUCGGUGGGAUGUGCCGUGGGAGCAGCUAUCGCAGCACGUGAUCGACGUUUGUAUUUGUUCUGUGGUGAUGGUUCUUUCCAGUUGACAUGUCAAGAAGUUUCCGUAUUCCUUCAUCAAGGAUUAACACCGGUAAUUUUUAUUUUAAAUAACGAUGGUUAUCUGAUUGAGAAGUUGAUCCACGGUCCUCACCGGGCCUACAACAAUUUCCAAAUGUGGCAAUACAGCAAAACUCUGGAUUACUUUGGUGGUCAUCUUUUGCGAAACGCACAAGAUGUGACACCUGCGCCUGUUGGUGUUGAAUCUCUGGUACGUACGCGUGGUGAAUUCGAAGCUGCCAUGAAGAUUGUUCAGUCUGAGCCCAAAAAGAUCCAUUUUAUCGAGGUCGUCAUGCCUCGUUUUGAUGCGCCUCGUGAACUGAUUUUGCAAGUCGAGACUUCUGAAAACCGUUAA